UGAAUGCGGGGUCCGGGGAGAGAGCGGAUAUAGUGAAUGCGGGGUCAGGGAGAGAGCGGAUAUAGUGAAUGCAGGGUCCGGGGAGAGCGGAUAUAGUGAAUGCGGGGUCCUGGGAGAGAGGAUAUAGUGAAUGCGGGGUCGGGGAGAGCAGAUAUAGUGAAUGCGGGGUCCGGGGAGACCAGAUAUAGUGAAAGCGGGGGGUCAGAGAAUAGGCAGGACAGUACAGGGGGAGUCAGGAGGGUACAAAUAUCAGGAGGGCAUGUACAGGGGAUCAGGAGGGUGCAAUAUUGGGAUCAGGAAGGCACAAUAUUGGGAUCAGGAUGGUACAUGGGAUCAGGAUACAAUACUGGGAUCAGGAGGGCAAAAUACUGGGAAUACUGGGAUCAGGAGGGCAACAAUACUGGGAUCAGG